AUAAGUAAUUCAAUAACACACCCUCAACCCAAUUUUGGUAAUUUGGACAACCUGCCAUUUGGAGAUUUGGAUCCCGAUAAUAAAUAUAUCAUUUCAACACGUGUCAGAGUUGGAAGAUCUCUUGAAGGCAGACCAUUCCCGCCUCUUUUGUCAAAGCAGGAUAGACUUGAUAUGGAGAACGUUGUUAAGAAAGUUUUUAGUCAAUUUACUGGGGACCAUGCUGGGAAAUACUAUGCUUUGUCCAAUAUGAGUAAAGAAGUCGAAAAGCAAUUAGUCGAGGAUCACUUUCUUUUUCAAGACGACAAUAGGUUGGGUUUAUACAAUUUUUUUGAUCUACGGACUGCCUGUGGAUAUAACCAUUGGCCUGCCGGACGUGGAAUCUAUCAUAAUGAUUCCAAAACAUUUCUGAUCUGGGUCAACGAGGAAGAUCAUUUGAGAAUAAUUUCUAUGCAGAAGGGAGGGAAUCUUUCAGAAGUUUACAGGAGACUGAUAGAGGCUUGCUUAUUUAUAUAA